UGGAUGAUACUGUCAGUCGGCGAGUCGGUGGGUUGUAGAGCUAUGGGAUGUGGUAGCAGUAAAACUCCGGGCCACGAGGGUUUGCAGAAUAAGCACAUCACGGACCCAGGUGAUCAACGGAAACAAAUAGAAAGACUGGAGAAAAAUGAGAGUUACCAAGAAAAAUCUUUGGAGCUGGCAUAUAAGUCACCUGAGAAAAACUUUAUACAUAAUGACAAGUCAAAACACGGUAAAUCUCAGAACGAGGAAAGUGCCGAAAGCAAAACACAUACGCAUACGAAUGUUAGCAAUGAAAGACCCACAUCUAAUACCGCAUCAACAACAAAAGAAGAAACCAAUACGUCAGUACCGCCACUACCGCCUUCUCUUCCUGUCCCGCAACGGGGAAAAAGCAGACGUUUAUCAACUGACGAGAGAAUUAAAAACUUAGAAAAAGUACUGCAGCAGCAAAAUGGCGAUUAUGACAUGCAUCAGCGACCGAAGACAAGAGGUGGAGGGGACAGGCCAAAAACUGGUCAAACAAAAUACAGACGUCGACAAAGUGAAGUAGGCUUGCACCGUGAUCAUCUUGGGACUACUAGUGAACUUAUUAUUCAGGGAAAAGUGGAUCUGGAGUGUCCUUCCACCGCCAAGAUUGUCCGAAUAUUUACAAGCAGUACAUUUACAGACACAUUUCACGAGAGAAACACUCUGAUGGAGAAAGUGUACCCCAACCUGAAGAAGGUUUGUCAGGAGGAAGGGUACGAGUUCCAGGUGGUGGACAUGCGCUGGGGAGUCCGAGACGAGGCCACUGACGACCACAUGGGCACGGAGCUGUGUCUUAGAGAAGUGGAACUCUGUAAAAAGCUCUCUACAGGACCGUGCUUUGUGACGUUUCUGUCUCACAAAUAUGGCUACAGAUCCUUCCCUCGCUUAAUCCCAGCAGACGAGUUUCAACAGUUGUCUGAUGUGAUACAGUCAGCAGAAACUAAAGAAGUUAUUCAAAAGUGGUUUAUGCGAGAUGACAAUUCUGUACCACCCACAUACGUAUUACAGCCAAUCAGCAGCUUGCUGCCAGAUUUCAAAUCUUCAGACUUGGACCUUCGAUCCCGGGCAAAGAAGGCUUGGUAUGAUGACAGCGCCAUCAUGCAGGAUGCUAUUGUUUCGGCAGCCAUUCAGUGUCUGGAUAAGGUCAGGGCUCACGAAUACGAAAUGUCUGUUACUGAAGCCGAAAUCCGAGAGGUUUUAUUCACCGAAGAUAAAUCAGCCGGCAAACAGUGUGUUUGGUUUCACAGAAUUAUAGAAGAUAUAGAAAAACAGGAACCCAACUACCAGUUGAGUCGAUAUAUGGACUGUUUGGGACCAGAAGAAAAAGUGAAAGAGUCAAGACAGUUACUUGGUGAACUUAAAAACGCAUUACCGGAAAGAAUUCCAAAGAAACACUUGAUCCUUUACAAAAUCAAAUGGUCAGAAAAUGGGGUUGAUCCUCAAAAGAGUCCUCAACACAAAGAAUAUAUUCACAAGUUAUGUGUGGAUUUCGAAUCCAGUCUGUUGAAAAUGAUCAAAGAUGGAAUCAAAACGAGACUACAGACAGAUCUGGCGAAUCCACUGUUUGAAGAGAUUGUUCAGCAAACACUGUUCUGUCAGGAGAAAUGCAAAGCAUUCCACGGGCGUCACGACUCGCUGGAGAAAAUAUCCCACUAUUUAGUUGACAAAAGCAGGAUUCCAUUUGUCGUUUACGGUCAGUCCGGUUGUGGGAAAACAUCAAUUAUGGCUGUGGCAGCAAUGAGCACCUGGGAUGAAUUUGAUGGAAACGUUGUCGUUAUAAUAAGGUUUAUUGGGACAACACCAGGCAGUUCAACAAUUGGAGCUUUGCUUACUAGCGUCACACUACAGAUCAUGAAAGUGUAUGGACAAGAAGCAGACGAUAUGCCAGUGGAUAUUAAAGAACUGACAGACGCCUUCCACGAAUCACUGAAGCUAGCAUCAGAGAAGAGACCACUGGUCAUCCUAUUAGAUUCUCUCGAUCAGUUUGAUCCUUCUUGGGGAGCUCGUCAGCUCGGAUGGCUGCCACACAAUCUACCGCCACAUGUGAAAAUUAUUGUGUCAACUUUACCUGAAGCUCAGUAUGAAAGUCUACCAAGACUCAAGGCUCUAUAUACAUCAGAAGAGCAUUUUCUGGAUGUCCCAAAGCUGCCUGACAAUGACGUCAGUGGUAUUCUUGACAAGUGGUUGGAAACAAAUGGAAGAAAGCUGACUGAUUUCCAAAGACGGAAGGUGAUGACUGCCUUUCAGAAAUGUCCUUUGCCUCUCUUUCUGAAGCUCUCGUUUGACCAGGCUUGCAGGUGGACAUCUUAUGCACCCACAGAUCAGACUAUAUUACAAAACACCGUGAGAGGCAGCAUCGAUGCUUUGUUAGCUCGAGUUGAACAACUUCAUGGGAAGCUGUUUGUAUCCCAUGCCCUUGCUUAUCUCACUCUAAGUAAAAGUGGUUUGACAGAGAGUGAACUGGAAGACAUCUUGUCGUGUGAUGACGAGGUACUGAACGACGUUUAUACCUACUGGACACCACCGAUGCGACGACUGCCGCCAUUUUUAUUGGUGAGGCUCAAGGCAGAGCUAGGCCAAUAUUUAGUGGACCGGGGUGCGGAUGGAGUUCGGGUUUUCUACUGGUACCACAGACAGUUUAUUGAGGCUGCUAGAGAUCGCUACUGUUCUGACGAAUCAGAAACAAGAAAGAGACACAUGGACAUGGCCGAAUUUUUCUCUGGUACCUGGUCUGCUGGAAAACGUAAGGCUUACAAAGACAACGAAGGAAAUGAAAGUAAAGCUGACCGUCACGUGACAUUACAGCCACUCAAAUUUGGCAGUGCUUACAACUUGAGGAAACUAACCAAUCUGCCAUACCACCGGCUUGAAGCAAGACAGAUGGAAGAACUUAAAACAGAAUGUCUUUCAAGCUUUGAUUUCAUUUUUGCAAAACUACAUGCUAUAGGUUUAAGACAAGUUCUAGAUGACUUUUCUGAAGCUCGCAAAGUCUUGCCUAAUGAUCCAGAACUGAAAACACUGACAGAAACACUUCAGCUUUCUCAGGAUGCACUGAUUUCUAACCCAGAUGAACUUCCAUCACAAGUUCUCGGAAGAAUAUACAAUCCUAAGGGUUUAGAACAAUUUCUUGAAGACUGCAAAAAUUCACCGUCAUAUUACCUCCUUCCAAACCAAAAGAUAUUGACUCCACCUGGUGGGAAACUUGUACAUUGUCUUGCUGGACACAAAGGCGAUGUUACGAGUAUUGCUCUGUCUCCAGAUGGACAAAUUGCUGUAACAUGUGCUGGAGACAAAUCGAUCAAAUUCUGGAAUGUAACUGAAGGAAAGCUUGUACGGUCAACUGAUGGAGUAGGAGAUGACCCUGGAACUCUCCACUUCUGCUGCAGUGGGAAAAUUCUCCUAGUAGAUUUUAACCUUUUCAUUCUGGGUUACGAUGUCAAGACAGGAGUACUGGCCUAUUCCAUUGAUCUAUCUGACACAGGCAAAAGGCUGUUUAGUCCAUGUGGCAAAAACAGUUCCCUGGUGGGCAUCGUGUUUGAUAAGGACGUUACAUUUUAUGACGCAAUGACUGGCAAACUGCAGCAUAAAAUUGAAUGCAAUCUGUUAAAAGCAGGACAGUAUUUGGGAGACUAUGGAUUGUGUAUAGGUAGUGAAAAGCACCUGGUGUGCUUGGAUUCAGACCAGUUUUGGGCGUUUGUUGUGGAUCUAGCAACAAAAUCAUUCGUUCAUAAGGUGCAACCAUUUUUACCUUUCAAGACAGAGGAUGGUGAUGAUGACCAGCACACUAUUGAAGCCAUGGCAAUGACAUCUGAUGGAAAGGAGUUAAUUAUAGCAAACUGCUAUGACAACAAUCUCAAUGUGUAUAACAUUAAAACCAUGAAGAAGAAAAAUGAAUGGAAAGGCUAUGAAAAAGAUUUUUCUGAAAAAUUUCGACUCACCUCCAGCUGUAAAGAGCUGUAUUUCCCAAGCAGACGAGGGGUUGUUGUGUGGAAUCUGAAAGAUGGAUCACGAUCUGUUAUUCUUCAACAUACAGUUAAUUUAGUAGACGUUGUCACAGCCGACCUGCAUAUUGUCGUCACUGUUGGUGAUGAUAGAGUGGUGCGAAUCUGGGACACCAGUCGUGAAGAGAUAGAAGAUAGUCACAAAGGACAGACUGAUGGACCUGAGGAAAACACAAAAGAAGAUAUUCAGCUCAAACAUAUUGAAUUGAUGGAGAACCCACGCUACCUGCUACAAAGUGGGAAAGGUGUUGGAAACUUUUACUUGCAGGUGUUUGACCUAGGCAAGUCUAAUGUGACCAGAGAGGCUAAACUGAGCAAUGCAUGUCAAAACUUCAAACCUUUUGGAGACCAUCACGCCAUCAUACAAGUAAAUCGGAAACUCAAGCUGCUUGACCUAAUGACCAUGACCUUUAUCAGGACCUUUCAAGGGAAACUUUCUCCAAGUGGAAUUUACUGUUUAAUUAAUCAUAACAAAGAAAUUUUAUGUUCUACAAGAGGUCGGAAAAAUCUAAAAGUGCUCAGCAUUAACAGUGGAAAGGCGAUAAAGGUGAUGGAAACACAACAGUCUACAUUGAUAGAUGACAUUGUGGUUAAUAAGCCAGGGACUCUCGCUGCAAUUGGACUAGAUGAAGGUCCCAUUGUAUUGUUUAAUCUGAAGACAUACACUUUAAUGUACAUGAUAACAAAAGAAACAGCUGGCUGUGAUAAUGACCUGUUCAUACAUCGUGCUUUAAUUACGGAUGAUGGAAAUUAUUUGAUCUUCGAAGCAAUCAAACCUCCCAAGGGAACACACCAUUCUAGUGAUGAAUCUGUCUUAGUAUCUUGGAACAUCCCGACCAAAACGCUGGUAGCAGAAAUGGCAGAUGUGGAAUAUUACAACAAAUACCAGGAUGCUGAGAAUAAUGAUGUAGAUACGGGUGUGGAGUCAUUCGAGUUGUUGAGUGACACCACUGUCCUGGCCAACUUAAAUGAUGGAAUGAUCCGCAUGUAUGAUCUAAAAACUGGUGUUACAAAGCAAAGGUUUGAUGGACACGGUGGUUGUGCCACGAUUAGGGUUGUUGCUGGGAGGCCGUAUGUUCUGACGUAUGGGACAUGGGUUGAAGACAACACCUUACAACUUCUGGACAUGGAUAUGAAACGACUGGCUACAUAUUCACCAGAUUCUGAUCUGAAUCAAGUGGAGCUUACCAAAGAUGGCUACCAUGUAGUUGGCUUCAUGCGUAAUCAGUCGAGGCCUGUAGUUUGGGAACUGAAAGGAGGACCGUCCAACAGUAAACCAGAUGGAUACUCUCACUUGGACAGUUUUCCAGCAAUAUUUGGAGAUGAUGUUUUGGAGGUUGGUUUAGCCUUACUGGAAGAAGAUGAUGAACAAGAUGAUCCAAAUGACUUAGACAAGGAAGAAGAUGAACAAGAUGAUACUGAUGAUGAUGAUGAUGAUGAUGAUGAUAAUGAAGAAGAAGAUGAAGAUGAUUUAAAUUUUGCUGAUGAUUCAGAUGGGGAUUCGUUGAGACGUUAAUUAUGACUAGUGAUGGGACAUAUUUGUGUGUAGUCUGACAGUGAUAUACAACCAGUACACUGCAGAAAAAGACUCACGUCCAUACAUGUGAUUAUUUUGUGACUUGUGAUAAGUAUGAAAAUUAAUAUGAAUAGUUCUUUGCAUUAAUCUGUAAAUCACUUCUCCUUAUUCUUGUUAAAGACGAUUAGCAAGAUAUGUAUUUGAACAUUUGCUCAAAUAAAAUGUGUAGAACAUAUACUGAAAAUGUUUGAAGAAAUGAAUAUGUGGAAUUUGCACAUUAGAACAUGUAACUAAUAGUACUUAUGUUGAAUAUUCUUUGUAUAAAAAAUAAAUUUGGCUAUACAUUUUAACAUAAAAUAUUAAUUUUUUUAUCAAUAUGAUGUGAAAUAUAUUUGUUACAAAACUGUGAUAACUAGUGUGAAUUGUACAUGUGGAAUAGUUACUUUGUUUUAAUUCACGAUGUACAUGCAUUCGAACUUGGCUGAACUUCACAAGUUCUCGUGUGCCAUUCUGAAACGUGUAAAAUUUAGAAUAACAUGAAUCAUAUUGUUUAUUAUUUAUUGUAGUAUUAUAAUAUUUAUUGUAUAUAAGAAGUAACAUUGAAACUUCUCUAAACCGAACACCCUUGGGACCGCAUAAAAUUUUCGGUUUAGAGGGGUGUUUGGUUUACUGAGGUUUUAAGAAACAGCCUUGAUAACCAUUUUUUUUAUUUUUACUAUUAAUAUUACCAAGGUACAAACGUGUGUUAAAUUACAUUUAUAAACCAACAAUAACCAAAUUAAAGUGGAAACUCUUUAUGUAGAUUGUUGAAGAGGUAAUAAUCUCAUUCCCAAUAAACACAGUGCACAUGAUUAUUCCCGUUACAAAAUUAAAGGUGUUAAUUGAAUGACAAGGCUUAACCGAAAUCUAGGUAACAGAGACUAAUUAGAGCAUUGUUCGACACACGCUCAAACACGUCCCGGACACGCUACACCGAGCAUGCGCAUACCAUCUGGUAUAGUUAGUAACACCGCGACUUUGACAACUGAUUGGUAUGGUCGAGACAGGCGACGUUCCUUCAGAGUUUUUAAUUGUUCGGUCUUCAGAGGUAAAAUUUGUAUUGAAUAAACAAAACGGGACCCGGAAAUUCGUUCGGUAUUCAGAGUAGAGGGGUUUCCGGUUUUCGGGGGUUUAUUUCAGUGGUUAAAGCUGCAUAAAACGCGGGACCGUGAAAAAAGUUCGGGGUUGAGGGAAUUCCGGUUUACUGAGGGUCCGGUUUAGAGAAGUUUCACUGUACCUACAUUUGUCAAGAUGACUUUUACUUGUAGAAUGCAAAAUAUUGUAUUUUAGGAAUCAGGACAUAUGUUUUGGGUGUGCCUGCUGGCUGUCUCAGGCAUGCACCAAAUCCCUAUAGAAAUGAUGUAAACGUGUUCAUUACCAAGGGAAUUAAACUAGUAAAAUAACAGAUUUUUGUUCAUGAAUGUACUUGAUAUCAUAUUUGUAUUUGUAAUUAUGCUAUUUUAUUCAAUACUUUCGUGUAAGACUGGCGUAUAUACAUGUGUAAAAAAAAAUCUUUAAAAAUGCAUGUUAAAUGCGUGGGCCGCCAGCAUUUGUCAUGAUGAAUUGUAAAAGUAAAAUGUAGAAAAUUGCAUUUCAGAUCAAAAUGUUCCGAGGAAACAUUCUCCCGAACUGCUUAUAAAAACUGACGCUUUGCCUCACCAAUGUUUUCUAGCUUCCGCCAUAUAUGAAGUAGAUCAAUAUUUGAAAAUACAUCCCCACCCACCCCCUGCAUAAAUCCCUACACAUGCACCUAUGUAGGCAUGUUUUAGUAUGCUUUUUAUAUCAGUAGGCCCUAAUAUAUGCAUGAAAUAUCUCAGGCUUGUUGAAUUUUAUAAUAUAUAUUAUAUAUAAUUUAGUCUUGUUAAAAUAUACUCUGUCAAAAAAAGAAACGCAUGUGCGAAAUAUUCAUGGAAUUAUCUCUUUAAUACAAAAUGGCAUAAUUUCGUUAU